ACCCCCCAGGCCCGCCUCUGCUGCUCUGAAAUCAGCUGACCUCCUCUGGUGCAGAAACCUCAGCUAGCUCUGUGCUGGGAGUAUGUGGCAGAAGGUGAUUGGCUCAGUGGGGGCCCCAAAAGGAGCUGCAGCCAAAGGGAUUCUGGAGAAGAGGCUGCUCCUCUGAAACACUUCUCAUACCUGAUCCUCGCCAUCAGGCCACAGCCCCCUGAACCCUGAGCAACCAUGGGCUUCCCCAAGACAUCCAAAGAUGAUAUUGAGAAAAUGAGGAGUAAAAUGCUGAAGGCUGUAGACACAUUCUGUGAUAGACUCAAAUUCAAAGAAGAGAACCAGGUCAACAUAUGCCUAAAAGAGCUGGAGAUCAGCAUCAAUGAGGCCUCGCUUGAUACCGUAUUUGCUCACUGUGAGAACAACAACCAAACAUUCCAAGAAAAUAUUGAGAAAAUGAGGAGUGAAAUGCACAAGGAUGUAGACACAUUCUGUGAUUUAGUCAAAUCCGAAGAAGAGGACAAGGUCAACAUAGGCCUGGAAGAGCUGGAGAACAACUUCAAUGAGGCCGCGCUUGAUGCCAUAUCUGCUCACUGUGAGAACAACGACCAGGAAUCUACUCCCUUACUUUCGGAGCAGCAGCAGGAACUGCGUAACAGAGUCCGUAGCAGAGUCCGCCCUGGACAGAAACCAGGCCCGGAGCCGGACCCUGAGCCAGAAGGAUCGCCCAACCAAAAUCCAGGGUCCAAGAAGCCUGGGGAGAGCUUUUGUGAAUGGGUACUGAGGGGGUUCCGAGAGAUGCUAAGGCGACUGCAGAAGACCUGGCAGGCCGUGCUGGCCUGGGUGCAGGAGAAGUGGGCCUCCUUUGUCAACGUGGUGAAGUCCAUCUGGAGUGCGAUUAAGGAUUUCUGCUCCCGUGUGGCAAAGUACUUCUCAAGUUUAUUCCUGGUCUAAGGAGUCCCAUGAGGGCCUGGAGGAGCUCAGUCACACCUCUCAGCCCUUGGAUUCCCCCCUUCUCAGAAAGAAUCUUCUGGAGUAACAUUUGCUUUCCUGCUCACACAUGACCCACCCUCAACAACCUCCCUCACUUCCACCCUGUUCACAGCCUCUCCACCUAGCUUGCGUGGGCUUCCUUCUCUUGCUACAGCAUUUUAAUAAACGUUGGUUUGCCUGGGGAGGGGGCAGGAGUGGGUGGAGGAGGUCAAUGGGGAGAAAGGGGGAUCUGUAAUGCUUUCAACAAUAAAGGUAAUUUGCUUCAAAAGUUGAUUGAACCAAGUUGAGUGCCUGUGUGGGUGGGUGGCAGGGUGCUCAGUGCUUACAGGGAGAGGCUGUGCAACAAUCAGAUGGAUCUAGGCCUGGAUCUCGGCUCUGGUGAGAAAGGAGAAGCCACCUGGCCUCUCUAAUCUGUAGACAGGGCCCUGGUCACACUGGCCACGGAUUAUAAUGAGCACAGGAGGAUUUCAGCCUGUGCACG